AUGAGUACAUUAUGGAUGGGAAACCUGGAUGCCUAUAUGGACGAGAAGUUCAUCACCAGAGCCUUUUCUACCAUGGGCGAGCAGGCGGUCAGUGUUCGAAUCAUACGCAGCAAGGUGACAGGUCCAGCCUUAUCCACCAGUGCCCUGGGUUAUUGUUUUGUGGAGAUGGCAGAUGAGGCAACCGCUGAGAGAUGUCUUCGUAAAAUCAACGGCAAGCCGCUACCGGGAGCUAGCCCGCCGACAAGAUUCAAGUUAAACCGAGCCACCUUUGGGAAGCAAGAAAGCGGUCAGAUGUAUUCUUUGUUUGUGGGAGAUCUCACUCCAGAGGUAGACGAUGGGAUGCUGUACGAGUUCUUCUACAAUCGCUUCCCUUCCUGUCGGGGAGGAAAAGUAGUGCUGGACAGCCUGGGAAAUUCCAAGGGAUGCGGCUUUGUUCAGUUCCCAGACGAGCGCCUGCAGAAGCGAGCACUGGACGAGUGUCAGGGAGCUGUGGGACUGGGUGGUAAACCUCUGCGACUAAGCUUAGCAGCGAACAACUUAAGGAACAAACCUUUACAGCCUGAAACCAAAACCUGGCCAUCGAGUACCUCCUACACGCCAACCUACGACCAGUACAGCCAGUACCAACAGCAGGCGUAUCCCAACUACUACUCCUCCUGGGGCUACGACCAGACGGCGGCAGGGUACGGCUACAACUAUCAGCAGUAUGAUUACUCGCAGUACGCCCAAACGCAGGACUUGGAUAUGCAGGAUGAUGGCCUGGAAGAUCCGUCCGGAGAACUGGAUGUGCUGGAAACAAACAAGAGGUUCAUCGAGAGCAGUGAAGAACUAUUUGAUGCGCUGAUUGACUCUCAGUGGAAAUCGGAAGAGUUUUCAUCAGAACAAGAGACUGUGAUAGCAAGCAUACCGGAUCCCAUGACCUACUAA